AUGGCUCAGUUGCAAUUGGCGCCAAUGAUUGAUGGAGAUGGGUAUGGAUCAAAAGAGAUUAAUGCUGCAUCCAUGGCACAUGAAGCUAUAUCUGGAUCUCGGAUUCUGCGACUGAACGAGCAGUUACCACAGCCAACGGAGUCUGUGAUUGCAAAUCCCGAUUUGGUCUUCCCGUUGCUUUGGGUGUCAGAGAGAGGUUACUCUCUGCAUCUGGGACUCUCGCCUUCAUAUACCGAUGCCCCAUUACUUGUGGGCAUUGAGAGCGCUCUUGGAGCUGAUAUCCAUGCACAAGAAUUGCUGGAGUUAGUGAGACUCUUUAUUGCGUUCGACCUGAUUUCUGUGCGUCGCAAGACCGAAGCAGGUAGUAUUGUGGCGACAGAUCUAACAGAGACAGAGAGGCAAUUGCCUUCCUUGUCUUUUAGUAUGGGCGACCAUGGUUCCACUAGAGCGGCUGAUUAUCAUGUUACCAGAGAGUGGAUGAGAACAAUCAUCUGGCAGGAAGCUCUCACAAUGGGGCUGCUCUCGUCUGUGGCAUAUACAUCUGUUAUGACAUUUGCAUUUCCAGCACAGGUUGGACGUAAUUUGCUACAAGCUUUGAGGGGGUGCUCUGAGGCCGAUUUGCUUCCACUGGGUCGAGAUCAGCUGUUCAAAUGCUUUGAGGUUGCCAACUCACUGGCAGACACCGUUCUCUUGAAAUCGAUUACCACAAGGAACAGACGUGAACUAGGACCGCAUGAUUUCCUUCAUGCCUUAUAUCAGAAGAUCGUUCAUUUCCUCGAACAGGAUCGGAUGUUGCUUGGGAUCCUGCGGGCAAAGACAGCCGAAGCUUUGGUCACAGCCCCAGCUCGAUUGUUGGCUGUGAAUCAAACACGCUCAGGUUUUUAUGACGUUGAAACUGAGAUCGACCAGCGGACGAGCACUGGUAGAUUUCUCCCAUACGAAAAUGUGGAAGAGGGAAUCGACCCAGAGAAUCAACGGUACAAAUUGUUCCUCAUAAUUCAAGUCGCAUAUAACCUGAUACAAAAUUCUGGAACGUGA